CGUCGCGUCCAUUGGGCGUCAUCGACUCCAGUGUUUUCAAAAUGGAGAGGUUGACAAGUACAUAGAGAACGUGCAACGACUCAUGAAUGUUGAUUUAUUUUGAUGAUCGCGCAUAGAAAAUAACGCAAAGACAUGAAGUCAGACGUGGAGGAGUUGAUGCCCAGACUUCUGCCGGUGGAGUCUUGCGACACGGAUGAAUUUAUUUCAAACGAACCUCCCAGAAACCCUCAAGAAUAUCUUAGACAGGUCCAGAGGGAAGCGUCUCUGUGCCCAGAUGUUGUUGUUGCACAAAUUGAUCCAAAGAAGCUGAAGAAGAAGCAGUCUGUGAAUGUGUCUAUCACAGGUUGUCUGGCUGCACCUCAGGGUUUCUCUCCUAGCUUGAAAUGGCAGCAACAACAAGUCAGCAAAUUUUCAGAAAUCAGACAGAGUGUUAACAAGCAUCGUCAGCAUUGGAAUGCUCAGUUUUUGGAUGAUAAUGUUGUCAUGCCCAAAACUGAAGAUGAGGAUGGAUGGAGGAGGUUCUGCUUGGGUGAGAAUGUUUGUCUGGACGUUCAGCUGAAAGAAGAAGACAACAUUAACCCGGGUCUUGAUUAUGUCAAGACUGGUUUCCCACCUUUCCUGAGCAUUGUCAGCAAAUUAAACCAGUCAACCAUCUCUGCCGUGCUUGAGUAUUUAAUCAAUUGGUUUGAGGAGAGAGAUUUUGUACCUCAGCUGGGCAGAUGGCUAUAUGCAUUGCUAGCGUGCCUUGAGAAGCCGCUGCUUCCUGAAGCACAUUCCCUUAUCAGACAGUUGGCAAGACGCUGCUCCACAGUGCGUGCCAAUCUGGAGAGUAUAGAUGAUGAUCGUUUGUCAGCUCUUAACUUGAUGAUUUGUAUUGUUGCCAGGUAUUUUGAGCAAAAUGAUUUGGCUGACAAAGACUGAGAAACAGAUGGAAGAGCCUUUGUGAAGAAAAUUCAUGUGAAUUGGAGGAACUAUGAGAGAUACUCAGGAGGAGAUUUUGUAGAAUAUAGAAAGACUAUAUAAUAUUUUGCCAAAUUUCACUGGGUUCCAAGUAAUAUUAAAGUAGACCUGUUACAUCUACAAAUGACUGUCUUUUUGAAUCAUUGGUAUUGUUAAAUAAAACCUAAUUUUUGACACUUGGUA